CGAAAAGAUUCGCUUGAAUCUCAUCUCUUGAACACGCACUUGACCAGCGCCAUGUGUCAGUCUCGGCAGAGGAGCCGAUGACGGCCAAGGAGUUGGACACCUUGUUGUCAUUGGCCCUGCGCUCCUCUACCAUCGAGUGGGCGGUGAAUGUACAGAUUUGCGACAUGGUCAAGGAGAACCAGUACUUGGCGCCCCUGACCAUGGACCGCAUCAACGAGCGUUUGCGCAGCGAGUCGGCCCGCUCGGUGCAGUUGGCGCUGAGCCUCUUGGAGAUGUUGGUGAAGAACUGCGGCUUGGUGGUGUGCAGAGCCAUCGAUGCAGGAGUGGCCGAAACACUCGUAGGGAUCGUGAAGAAGAAGGAAAGCUGGAGGUAUGGCUUUGGGCGGAACCUGCACAAGUCAGGGCUGUCGGACUGGCUCCCACAAGGAGUUGCCAUCGGUGAGGAGAAGCGCGAACUCUGGCGACAGGCCUCGCACAAGGUUCUCGAGAUCAUGCAGCUAUGUGUGGACGCUUUCCUCAUGCAUGAGGGCUCCUUGCGGCCGAUCUUCGGGGCGUACAAACAGCUCCGGCAAGAGGGCUACGACUUUCCUCGUUCCUCCACAGGGGUCGCAGCGGACCUGUGUUUGGUCAAUGGAGCCGAAGACAGUCCCGCCUACCUGGCGGGUGCUGUGGACCGCCCUUCCGCGCCCCGAUCCGCGCCCCCGCCGAAAGCGCCGGCGCCGGCGCCGAGAUCUGCGGACGCGGAGGAGGAGAGGGGAUUGUGGAAGUGGCCCGGGAAGACGCCAAAGAGCGUGUGGAGCAACUGGUGCAGGCACUGGAAGAGGGCCGGGACUUUGAUCCCUUGGAGUUGGAGGAGCUCAUCACCCUGGUGGAGGACAUCUCGGAGGUGCUCCGGUCCAUGGGAGUGGAGACCGAUGCGCCCGAGCCACGGAACAGCUCAACAGAGGUGCCGCACUCCGGCGUGCACGACGUGGCACAUGUCAGCGGCUCAAAUGGACAGGAGUUGCUCAUCACAGGCCGGAGGGCCUCGGCGACGUCGACCAUGGAGCCCAAGCACCUGAGUGGUGGGUAUGCCCCACCCGCGCCCGCCCCCUCGGAGCGGCAGUGGCGGGGAGCGCUCACAGCGCUGAGCUCCGCGGAUGGUGAGUUGGCGGCCGGCGAGGACCCAUUGUUUGAGGCCCCAAGCCAUUCAGCUGGCGAGUCCUUGCUGGGUGGUCGCAAGAAGAAGCCGGUGGGUUCGUGGAGCCAAUGGGCUCAAUCCAUGCGACAUCUCACAGGCUCUGCCCCCAGGCGCUUGGGGGAUGGUGUGCCAAGGAGCGCGUAUGCUGAGAUUGGCGAUGACGCAGGCCGACCCUUGUUUCACUAGUUGAAAAGGCUGACUCAAUGGGCAGGUAGGGCAGGG